AUGAUUCCUGAUUCUCAGAUACCAAUCCAACUUGGAGUACUACCAACAACUGGACAAAGUUCAACUAAUGAAACUAAACAGCAAGUUGGAGUACAAUCGAUCGUUGGACACAGUUCAAGUGAUGAAACUGGACAACAAGUUCCUGUACAACCAAAUGUGGCUCAAAGCUCAAGUGGUGAGACUGCACAACUUUCAGACUCUGAAAAACAAAUCAUUGUCCACCUGGAUUGUGGUGUGUAUGUGACAGCCUUUGCUGAAUACUUGAGCUCAAGUGAAGUCAUCCCACCGAAUUCGAUGCAAAGUUACUCCUAUACUGAUCUCUUUGAACCCGUUGACUCUAAUUUUGGAUUUGCAUGCGCAGGUCGUGGAGGUAGGGGCGGGUUUAGGGGUGGCCGAGGAGAUGGAGGAAGAGGGGGUAGAGGGGGUUUUGGCGGAGGGAGAGGUGGUGGCGGCAUGAGGUGCGGGGGCGGAAGAGGAGGAGACAGAGGAAGAGGGGGUAGAGGGGAUUUUGGCGGAGGGAGAGGUGGUGGUGCCAUGAGGCGCGGGGGCGGAAGAGGAGGAGACAGAGGACGGGGUGGAAGAGGAGGAGGCAGGGGACGUGGUGGAAUGAGGGGUGGUACUAGGGUUGUGGUGGAGCCUCACAGACAUGAGGGAGUUUUCCUUGUUAAGGGCAAAGAUGAGGCUCUUUGUACAAAGAAUAUGGUCCCUGGCGAAGCGGUGUACAAUGAGAAGAGAAUCUCAGUUCAGAAUGAAGAUGGAUCAAAAGUUGAAUACAGAGUGUGGAAUCCUUUCCGUUCUAAGUUAGCAGCUGCCACUCUUGGUGGAGUCGAUGACAUCUGGAUUAAACCUGGUGCUCGUGUACUUUACCUUGGUGCUGCUUCAGGAACAUCAGUUUCUCACGUGUCUGACAUUGUUGGCCCUCAAGGAGUGGUUUAUGCAGUGGAAUUUUCUCAUAGAAGUGGAAGGGAUUUGGUGAACAUGGCAAAGAAACGCACAAAUGUUAUUCCCAUUAUUGAAGAUGCUAGACACCCAUUAAAAUACAGAAUGCUUGUUGGAAUGGUGGAUGUUAUCUUUUCUGAUGUUGCUCAGCCUGAUCAGGCAAGGAUUUUAGCUCUGAAUGCAUCACACUUCUUGAAAGCUGGAGGACAUUUUGUUAUAUCGAUUAAGGCAAACUGCAUAGAUUCAACUGUUCCUGCUGAUGCUGUAUUUAAAGAGGAGGUGAAGAAGCUGCAAGUGGAGCAGUUUAAACCUAGGGAGAAAGUCACGCUUGAACCGUAUGAAAGAGACCACGCUUGUGUUGUAGGUGCCUACCGGGUGCCCAAGAAGCAAAAGAUUGCUGCCUAGUUGUUUGCUAGUUUCUUAUUUAUGUCAGAUUUUUCGUAGAGAAAGUAGAGGUUCAACUUUAUAUUUGAUGAAAGUAUUGCCGUGUAGAGACAUGUUACUGAGAUUCUCCCUUCUCAGCCGGUAGAGCAUGGUUCUUAUCUGGAGCACCUAUUAGUUGCCUUACCAAUAUUAUUAUUAUUAUGCUAGCAUUAUCUUAGCCUUC